GUCAUCUUUCCCUUCCAACUAAAGGUCUUACAUACCAGGUUUUAAGGCCCUGCGGAAGAGGAGGAAGGGACUGGAAAAAGCACUUGACUUCUGGAAUGUCUACGCCAGCCAAGACCCACAACUUGGGUCCUUCAGACAGGAAAGUGGUCAUUGUUUCAAUGGCUUGACCCAGCUACUGGGGCAGCCAACAGCUUGCACUGGGCUGGUCCACAGGAAGGAAAUGUGGAGACUUUCGUCUGGGCAGUCCCAACAACAACACACCAUGUGAAAGGGGAGAGUUUCUAUCACCUCCCUUCAGGCUUUCUGGUGGCACGCAGAAAGGAACUCUGGCACGCCAGUUGUGACAACUGAACUUCCAGCCGAGAAAUGAACUGGCUUGCGGGCAAGAAUUCACCAAGAAAGCUCCCCGUGCAGGAAACAUCCACUUGAGUUGAAAAGAGGUUUCCUUGCAAGCACUGAAGCUACCCACGUGUUUUCUCUCGCAUGAGAUUUUGCUGAAAACUACUGCGGAAAUUACUGGUGUUUGGACUACCUUCUUAUCAUCUGGUUGAACUCCUCCUCCUCCUCCCUUCUGCUCAGUUGUGACUUUUCUCCUUCCUUGAACAGUUUCUGUUUCCCGUUUCUCAGACACCAUGGCCUGGAAUGGAUGUAGGAAUUCUUCAUACCUGAUAGGUCAAGAAGAGGAUCCUUGUUCACCCUGUUGACUCCUGCUGGUUGAGGACUAAGUGAGAUCUUCUCCAAAGUGUGUCUUCACAGGAGCCAGUGAGCCAUGCCCUGCCAGCGUCGUCCACGGGCAGCCAGUGACACGCCCCGAGAAGACCUCUUCUAUCAAACUUAUUAUUGCUUGAGCCAACAGUACCCUCUGAUUCUUUUUCUCUUGGUUAUUGUGCUGAGCAUCUGCGUGGCUCUCAUUGCUACUACCUUUUCCAGCGGUAGGGAUUUCUCCUCCAACUUGGCUUUCCUGAUUACGUUAUUCAUUGCUCUGCUGAUCUUCAGCCUGAUCUUGGUCUUUGUGUGCAUGGAAAACAUCUUCCAGAGAUGCACCCGUCUCUUCUCAGCUGUCAUUUGGAUAUGUCUGAUCACAAUGGGUUAUGUAUUCAUCUUUGUCAGUGGAGUGGUUUGCGCUUGGGACCAGGUGUCCUUCUUCCUCUUCAUAAUCUUCAUUGUCUACACCAUGUUGCCUGUUGGCAUGAAAGAUGCAGUAGUUGCCGGUAUAGUAGCUUCUCUUUCGCACAUCAUAGUUCUGAGUAUCUACCUGUCAAUGGGCCACAGUUCACCUUCACAACUGGCUGUGCAGCAAUUGGCCAAUCUAGUUAUCUUUGUCUGUGGUAACUUGGUGGGAGCCUAUCACAAGCAUUUGAUGGAGGUGGCCCUGGGCGAGACCUUCCAUGAGACCUUCAACCUCAUCCAAUCUCGAGUUAAGCUGGAGUCGGAGAAGCGACACCAGGAACAUUUGCUCCUCUCCAUCCUUCCUGCUUACAUUGCCUUGGAGAUGAAGGCUGAGAUCAUUGAGCGGCUCCGGGAUGGAGGCCAGCCCCAGCGCCAGCAUGAAAGUGCCAACAACUUCCACAACCUUUAUGUCAAGAGGCACCAGAAUGUCAGCAUCCUCUAUGCAGAUAUUGUUGGCUUCACACUUUUGGCCAGUGAAUGUUCUCCCAAAGAGCUGGUUUUGAUGCUCAAUGAACUCUUUGGCAAGUUUGAUCAGAUUGCCAAGGAUAAUGAAUGCAUGAGGAUCAAGUUCUUAGGGGAUUGCUACUAUUGUGUGUCUGGAUUACCUGUAUCUUUGCCGAACCAUGCUCUGAACUGCGUCAAGAUGGGACUUGACAUGUGUCGGUCCAUCAAGAAGCUGCGUGAUGCCACCGGAGUAGACAUCAAUAUGAGAGUUGGAGUCCAUUCGGGAAAUGUCCUGUGUGGGGUGAUUGGUCUUCAAAAGUGGCAAUAUGAUGUCUGGUCUGAUGAUGUGACAUUAGCCAAUCACAUGGAGGCAGGAGGCGUGCCAGGGAGAGUUCACAUCACAGAAGCUACCUUGUCACACCUGGGUGGAAUGUACACCGUGGAGGAAGUUUGCUGUGUGCGAGACUCUUACUUGAGGGAGAACCGCAUUAAGACUUUCUUAGUUGUUGAUCCCAGAGCUGAAGAAGAAAGCUCUCGUGACAUUCUCUCACCUGCGCCAGGUGAGAGCUUCAUGAUGAGGGCCUCUGUCCGGAUGACUCGCUACCUGGAAUCAUGGGGAGCUGCCAAACCCUUUGCCAACCUCAAACCUUUGGACAAUCUGCCAGCAGAGCCAGCAGGAUUUGUUCGGAAUAACCAUUCGGAUAUCUCUUUGGGAUCUUUGACCAUGGAACGGUGCCGUGCCCCCAGAAGUCCAGAUGAAGACUUGGAAGGUGUGGACGAGAAGUUCUUCCAACUGAUUGAACAACUGAAUUCCCAGAAGCAAUGGAAGAAAUCUGAAGACUUCAACUGCAUCACAUUGUACUUCAAGCAGGAAUCUCUGGAGAAGGAGUACCGGCUUUCGCCAUUACCAUCUUUUAAUUACUAUACGGCCUGCAGCUUCCUGGUCUUCGUUUCCAACUUUCUCAUCCAGAUCCUUGUCGUUUAUAAAACAGAAGCACUGGGGAUCUCCUAUGGAAUUUCUUUCUUCCUGUUUCUCCUCCUCCUUCUCACCUGCUUUGCUGGUCACCUGGCGAAAUGUUUCCUGAAAGGUCCCAAGAUCUUGUACUGGGUUCCAUCCAUCUUGGCCAAUGUUUGCACUCAGCCAUGGCUACGUGUCUCCUUGGGCAUCAUCACCAUUCUUGUGGUUCUCACAAUGUCCGUGUUGAAUUUGUUCUUUAUGCCAGAAACCUCAUGCUUUGUGAAGCUUGAAAAUUCUACCUUAUCAAGCAUGAAUACUGUACAGGAAUUCUCUCGGUUUAACUCCCUCUUCAGUGUGCCGUAUUAUAUCUACUGCUGUGUCCUGGGAUUCCUCUCGUGUUCCCUCUUCCUCCACAUGAACUUUGAGCUCAAGUUGACCAUGCUGAUACUUUGCCUUGUUGUCUACAAUGUGCUGUUCCUUCACACCCAUUCCUGGGUCUCUGACUGCUAUGUGUCUCAGCUCUACCGUAACCAAACUGCACUCAGACCUGGGGUGCUGAAGGAGCCCAAGGUGAUGGGAGCAGUCUCAUUCUUCGUUUUCUUCUUCACCCUCUUGGGUCUGGCUAGACAGAACGAGUAUUACUGCCGCUUGGAUUUUCUCUGGAAGAAGAAAUUCAAGAAAGAACGCGAAGAGAUUGAAACCAUGGAGGAUCUCAACCGGGUCCUGCUGGAAAAUGUUCUCCCGGCUGAUGUAGCUCAGCAGUUUAUUCGCCAGAUCCGGCGCAAUACGCAGGAUCUCUAUCACCAAUCUUAUGAUUGUGUCUGUGUUCUCUUCGCUUCAAUCCCGGACUUCAAAGAAUUUUAUUCUGAAUCCAAUGUCAACCAUGAAGGACUUGAAUGCCUCCGACUGCUCAACGAGAUCAUUGCUGACUUUGAUGAGCUGCUUCUGAAACCCAAAUUCAGUGGGGUUGAGAAGAUCAAAACCAUUGGCAGCACUUACAUGGCAGCUACUGGCUUAAAUGUGGCAGCUGGCCAGGAUAACCAACAGGAUACUGAGAGGAGCUACACCCACCUGGGAACCAUGGUGGAGUUUGCCAUGGCUUUGGUAGCCAAGUUGGACAUUAUCAACAAACAUUCGUUCAACUCUUUCAAACUCCGUGUGGGUAUGAAUCAUGGGCCAGUUGUGGCCGGCGUCAUUGGAGCUCAGAAACCUCAAUAUGAUAUUUGGGGAAACACUGUGAAUGUAGCCAGUCGAAUGGAGAGCACAGGAGUUCUGGGGAAGAUACAGGUCACAGAAGAGACGGCUAAAGCUUUGGAGACGUUAGGCUACACUUGCUCCCUUCGUGGGGUUAUCAAGGUCAAGGGCAAAGGUGAACUGAGAACUUACUUUGUCUGCACAGAAACAGCCCGUUCUUGCUCCCAAGCACCAAUGUUGAGCUAAAUCUCAUGGAAUGGAAUGAAACUGAGACUCUUGAGAGUUGGAAUCCUAGGUGAAUUCCUUCCGGUACUUGGGGGACAGCAGGUGACUUAUUUUAACAGACCUUUCUGAUUCUGUCGGAAGAGGAAUUUACCAUGAGAAUUGGGAGAGACAGAACCCAAGGAAGUCCCAUUUUGUCUUGUGUAUGAGGAAAUCACCAGCUCCACCACCUCAGCAAACCCAUGUUUGACUGUAAUUGCAAGUGAGCAGAAGUGAGCCACUAAGAACAUUUGGUGAUCCUCUUGAGAAGACAAGUUAGAACUUUCUCCUAAUCCGAAAAAAAAAAAAGCUGCAAUUCUCCAGUCAACUUGGAGACAAUGGAUCCUCCUUUGAGGACCUUCAGUGUUCUACAUGUUUACUAAUCUGUGGUGCUUGAUAAUGGCUUGUUCACAACCAUCUUUCAGUCUAAUCUGUACUGAUAUUACCAAUCCACAACCAUCAUGUCCAAAAGACUUUUAAACUCAACCCACUCUCAAACAAAAUUAAGGAUUGGCUUCAUAAAGCCUCUGAAGAUUGAAUACAUGACAUUAGUGACAUUAUGGGUUGUGCAGAUAUCUCAACAGUCAGGUCAAAUUUAAGGAUAAUUUGAGAAUGAAGGCAGUAGAGAAGUUAUUACUCUACUGGUAUUACUGGGGUAUUCUCUAGUUGCAUAAAGCUGGUUGGGUAUUGACUCAGAUAUAUCUGAUGGAAGUAGAUUGGCAACAGAAAAUGCUACCGUUUCCUGCCAUUCUUUCUAGGUCAACUUCCUGCUUGAUACCCCAGCAACACUUCUUCUUUUGUUUGUGGUUUGUGUGUUUUGCAAGGCUGACAUAUGUUUGCCUGGACAAGUUUAAAAGCAGGUUCUUGUGGUUAAAGGAGCUUAACAACUAAGGGGAUCUCUUUGCCCACUCCCCCCCCUCUUUCUUUCCUUCUUUUCCUUCCUUGUUUCAGAAUAAAAGAAUAAAAGGGACCUUGGAGAUAUUCUAGUCCAAUAACCAGCUCAGGCAGGAAACCCUAUAUCAUUUCAGUUUCUUCUUAAAAACUUCCAGUGUUGGAGCACCCACAACUUCUGGAGGCAAGGCAUUCCACUGAUUAAUUAUUAUAACCUUCAGAAAAUUUCUCCUUGGUUCUAGGUUGAUUCUCUCCUUGAUUAGUUUCCAUCCAUUGCUUCUCAUCCUGCCUUCAGAUGCUUUGGAGAAUAGAUUGACUCCUUCUUCUUUGUGGCAGCCCCUGAGAUAUUGGAACAUGGAUAUUGUCCUUCCUUCCUUCCUUCCUUCCUUCCUUCCUUCCUUCCUUCCUUCCUUCCUUCCUCCCCCCUCCCUCUCUCCCUCCUCCCUCCCUCCCUUCCUCCUUCUUUCUCGUUUCUCAGUCAUUUCACUCAUUGAACCCAAUGUAGAGUUGGGUGGGGGGGAGGAUGGCAAAUGUGUUUUAAACAAUUGCAGCAUAAACUUUACACAUACAAAAAAGGGAGUGUACAGCACUGAGAUUUAAUGUCUGCAUUGUGGCUUUAAAGCAGGAAUGGAAAAUCCAUGAUCUUCCAGAGGCUAAUCUACAACUUCCAGUAUCCCUUAGCUAAUGGUGAAAGGAAAACCUGGGAAAAGCAUUGCCAGACAGUUGAAGGGACGUGGUGCCUCAGUGGCUAAGAUGCUGAGCUUGUCAAUAGAAAGGUCGGCAGUUCAGUGGUUCAAAUCCCUAGUGCCGCAUAAUGGGGUUAGCUCCCAUUACUUGUCCCAGCUUCUGCCAACCUAGCAGUUAGAAAGCACGUUAAAAAUGCAAGUAGAAAAAUAGGAAUCACCUUUGGUGGGAAGGUAACAGCGUUCUGUGCGGCUUUGGCAUUGAGUCAUGCCGGCCACGUGACCACAGAGACAUCUUCAGACAGCGCUGGCUCUUCGGCUUUGAAACAGGGAUGAGCACUGCCCCUUAGAGUUGGGAAUGACUAGCACAUAUGUGCGAGGGGGAACCUUUACCUUUACCUGAAGGGUGCGACAUUCAACACUUCCUACUUUCUUCCCUUAAAGUAUCAUAUUUAAUAAAUUAGGUCCAUUCUGAGGAUUUAAAAAAAAAACUUUUCCUUGCCACAUGGUUGAGUUUGUGAUUUGUGCUGGUGUUGACUGGAAUGCAACAGGAGCAACUUCUUCCUGAAAUCUCCUUAGCUGAGAUUUCCAGUCAUUUAUAAUGAGUGAAAGCAAAAAAUAUUACUUGAACUCUGUUGUAAGUUUUCCAGGAAUUGGAUUAUGCGGUGUCUUUUACUGAUGUAAAAGGAGGCCUUGCCAGAAAAAAAAUGUCUCUCUAUUCCAAUUCUGUGUGUCCACCCCUCACUCUGUGUGUGUGUACGUGUGUCCUUUACAACCAAAACUGGCAUAUUUAAAUUCUUGCAAAAAUAAACAGUGUUAUCUCUUUUAUUUGUA